AUGGAUUGCAAAUCCCCAAAGUGUGCAAACAUCUGCCCCCAUCUCCCUGGAGGUGGCCUGUUCUCCGCGCCGCUCUCACAGGCUGCCUGGCAGACUCUCCUCACAGCACUGUGCUUCCCGGGGCGCACUUGUACAGGCCCCAUGCGAGAAGGACUUCGGGCUGUGUAUAAUCCUCCAAGGGCCCACAGGAACAGCAGUGACAACUGUGUUAUGAAGCACCUACUGUGUGCUGCGGACAAGAAUGGAACAAGAAGACAUGCUUUGCCCUCACCCCGAGGCAGCUUCCAGCCAGGGAGGCAAAUACCUCCUCCCCAGACCCCUUCCACAGAUCCCCAAACUCUGCCUCUCUCCUUCAGCUCCCUGCUCAGAUGUCACCAGCUCUGUGCGGUCUCCCUGCCACCAAGUCUAAAAUUGCCAUAG